AUGCUCCUAGGAUUUUUUGAAGACAUUAUCCAAUUUUUUCUGAAGCGAGAGCUUGUUUUGAAACCUGGAAGUGAAUUUUACGAUAUUUGGAAAGAGCUCCCGAUUCCGAUUUACCAAAGAAUUUUUAUCUUCAAUAUUACGAACCCUGACGAGUUUUCUAAUGGAGCUAAACCAAAAAUUCAAGAAAUAGGACCCUUUGUUUUCAGAGGUCGAUGGCUGAAGGAAGGAAUGCAUUGGAAUGAGACAGACGGAACAGUAACCUACAAAGAUAUCAAGGAGUACGCUUUCGUCAGAGAGCUCUCAGUUGGUGAUCAAGAACAGAAAAUUUACACCCUAAAUGGUCCCUUGCUGGCUGUCAUCAAUUACGUCGAAGAUUACGCUCCAUUUUUCAUACGUUCAUUGGUCGCCGAUAUCAUGAAUGGCAUUUUUGAAAGCUACAAUGAGACGCUUCUUGUACACAAAACAAUCCGGGAAAUUAUCUACGAAGGAUACUACGAACCAAUGGUUGCUGAUUUAACAAAAGUUGUAGAACCUUUCAUUAAUCUACCACUCAAGCUUUUCAACGAUACUUUUGGGAUUUUACACGAAAGAAAACAUAUUGGGGAUGGAGUAUUCACUAUAAAAUCAGGUGUCCAUGGAAUUGAAGAUUAUGCCGCGAUUCAGAUGUGGAAUAAUCAGACGUCAGUCAACUGGUGGAAUGAUAAAUUUUGUGAUCAAAUAAAUGGAACGGAUGGUGUUCAGUAUGCUCCUGGUGUCCAAAGGAAUCGAACAUUGAGCAUAUUUAACCCUAAUUUAUGCAGAUCGAUGCCAAUAAAAUACGUAAAAGAUGUAACAGUCCACGGAAUAAAAACUCUCCGAUUCGGAAUGCCAGACAAUACUUUGUCCAAUGCCGCUACCAAUCCCGAGAACAAAUGUUACUGUCAAGGUUCGCAUUGUCUCUCGGGCAUUUUGCCAUUGAACUGUAAACCAGGUGCUCCUUAUGUGAUCUCGUUUCCCCAUUUUUUGCAUGGAGAUCCAAAUCUUCAAGCAGCAGUUGACGGUGUUAACGCUUCUCUUGACAAGCAUAAAACAUAUGUUGAUAUCGAACCAAAUACUGGCUUUGUUUUAAAUGCGGCAUUCAGGAUACAGUUAAAUGGUGUGACAAGAAGGUCAGAAGAUUAUAAAGCCCUACAAAAAGUAACAGACAGUAUUAUUCCUGUGCUGUGGAUGAGCGAAGAAGCUCAGUUGGAUGUUUAUUUUGCAAAUUAUUUCAAAUCAAGGGUGGAAACACCAAUUAUAGUCUUCAAAGCACUGACCAUAGCAGCAGUGACUAUUGGAGCAUUUUGGGCAUUGUCUUCCGUUGUGUUCCUACUAUGUAUAGAGGCUAAAGUGAAACCUGACAAGUUGAAACAUUCAUUGGUUUUGAAAACACUAAAUUCUGUGUAUACAAGUGUUGCUCUUUGGCCUCCUGUUGAAGACGAAAUAAAAGAAGCGAAUAUUACUGAGAAAACUCACUUAUGAAGUUGUUUUCCAAAGAAAUAGCAUUUGUGAUCUCACAUGAACUGAAGUGCUGAGCGCUUUUUAGACUUUUAUACAUCAUAAUUUAUAUCAUCUCUCAUAAUCAUUUAUUUAAUCUACCUAUUAA